UGCAUUUAAGAUUUAGUGCCAGCUAAGAUGUAAAUUCACUUGACUAAAGCAACUCAGGGGAGCAGAUGAAUUUCAAGGAGAAAGUGAUACAGGUUUGCUGAAAAAUAUUUCAGCCUAAAAUAACUAAAUGUAUUUAUUUGGUUCAAAAUGGAUACAAGAGGAUACAUGCAAUACAUUGCUGUGUUCACUUUAUUUCAUAGUACUUUCAUGGUCUUUGGACAAACUCAGUUCACCGUCAUUCUGAUGCGGAAGAGCUGGGAAGAAGCCAGGAAAUAUUGUAGACACAACUUUGUGGAUCUGGCUGUAGCACAAGAUGAACAGAGGUACCAGUACUUAAUGCAGUGGAUGAAACCCCUGAAACAGGGGAGCUUUUGGGUUGGUUUACAAAACAGAUGCCGCAACAACUGGACUUGGGUUGAUGGAAGCCAAUUAACAUAUAAUGAAUGGACUAUAUACCCCCAUUGGACGGGCUGUGGGAGUCUUUACCUGAAUUCUAAUGAUUCAAAAGCAUUGCUGGCUCGUUGGUGCAAAGAACAACACUUUUUUAUAUGCCAAGGUCCAACUCCUCCAGAAAAGAUAAAUGUUAAUUCUGUUGGGACAGAAUAUGUUGCUUUAAGUUGGGAAAGACCUUCCAUUAUGGUGGGAACACCAUACAGUUUUAACGUAUCUUAUUUUUCCCUUUAUUGGGAACAGUAUGGGUCAUUUAUUUUAACCUCCAACUCCACAGUCAUUUACGGCCUAAAAUCAGGCAGUGAAUACAUAUUCAACGUUUCCAUAGUAACUAACACUGGAAGCCAGAGUUCAUCUGUUUCUCUAAGACUUCAAACACGUCUGCACCAACCAGAAAAGUUAUGUAUUGACUCAAUUGGAGCUGAUUCAGUUUCUCUAAGAUGGGAGAAACCUGCAACAGAGGGGGAAACGUCAUGCCAGUUUAAAGUCAACUAUGCUUCCAGAGAUGGAGAAUUUCAAGGGUCCAUGACUGUCCCUGAAACCUCCAAUUCCAUGGUCAUCUCAAACCUGAAAUCAGGGACUGAGUACAUGUUCAGUGUCACAGCAGUGAGAAACAAUGGAGCUGAGAGUACACCUGUCUCUGUGUUUCUCUGCACAUGUAAAAAUGAAGUAACAAUCUGUAAGAUUGGCUGCAUUGUUCUGGGAAUUCUGUUGUGUUCAUCAAUGGUCCUGUUAGCCUGGCUCUGGAAACAGCUGGUACUCGUAAAAAAAGGUGGUUGCCAGUGUCAUGUGAUCAGAGUUGCUGGGCGUGUUUCAACCAAGCUUUUAGUAGGUGGGCCAAAGCCUUCACUGCCUGUGAGUUGGAUUUGAUUUAAUGUGGUUUUAAAACCUUCAUCAGGAACAUACCCAGAUUCUACUGGGAAGAUAUCACCUGCUGAAUCCAUUAAACCUGAAUUGUUGCUUGAUAGAUUUUGGUCCAUUCGCAUAAAUCAAGCAUUACAUGAGGCAACACACACAUUGGUAUUGAGUUUGGUCAAUAUGUAAUGCGUGCUUGGGAGAUAAGUGAUGAGGGAGCAGGCUCUCUCUAUAUUCUACUUUUUUUACCUGCAAAUUUUAUAUUUUAUAUUAAUAAUAUAUACAUUAUAUGUUGCUGAAAAUCUCUACAGUAUUUAGAUUAAUAAUUAUAUGAGACAAUAAAUAGUCUUGAACAGUAUUGAAAUGGUGUUGAUCAAAACUGCAGAGACACUAACUGGAACAAACUGUAAAAGUCACACUAAUAUGCAGAAAUGGAAUGUUAUAGGUUAGUAGAUUAAGACAUUGUUAUCCAUAUAAUCAUGAUCAAAAAUGGGAUUUACUGAUUGAAGAAAAGCAAAAUCAGAUUUCACCUUUAGUGUUAAACUUUUGAGUUUGAUACUGUAUUUUUUGUUAAUAGUACUUGGAGAAAGCAAUUUUGGAUUCCAGUGUAGUUGACGCAUUUCUUCAUCUGAUUAAAAGAAAAUCUCUAUAAAUAGGCUUCAUCAUUCAGUGCUUCUCUGUAAAAAUAUCAGUAUUUAUCAUAAUUUUCUUUCUGAAUGAUUCUUGUUAUAGCAUUGAAAGAGUUAAGGUGAUUUAUAUCACAAGGACAUAUAAGAUUUGAUAGAAUUUGAAACCUGUAACCUGUUUAACCAAACAUGAAAAAAUCUAUCCUAGAGAGCUGAUGUAUGCAGGUAAUGUAAUGUAGUAGGUGCACCUACAGUACCCUACUAAGAAAUUCUGUGGCCAGGAAUCUUUGCUGAUUCUUAACAAAAGACAAUAAAAGACAGCAGUAUACUCUGGCAGUUGCUGGUUGUAUUACAGAUUAUUUUAAAAUUGUUUUAUGUUCAUGUGUGUAAAUUAAGCAAUAAAGUAACUGGGGCAUUAAAAUUACUUUAAUGUAAUUAGCCCUGGGGAAAGCUGUUUUUCUCUUUUGUGUCUAGUAGUAUACAUUAAAAAAUCCUGGUGAUGUUUGGGUUGUGUAUUAUUUGACAAACAUGUCUAAGACUCAUUUCAUCUACUUACAUUGAAUUGAAUUUCUGGGAGUGAUGAGAUCCUACUGCCCUGUCUCAUCGGAUUGAAGCUGAACUUUUUUGCAAUGUACUGAAAGCACUUUUCUCUAAAUGCAAGUAUGGCUAACUGGCUUUAACUUGGUGCAAUGCCUUUAUUUUUGCACCCUAGAUAUUACUUUUACUUUCUGCGUGCUAAGUGUCAACAGUAGUUGUUACUAUACAGGUACCUACCAUUAGAAAGGCGAUGCAUGUGAAUGAAAUGUCAGAUGUUAAUGUUGCUUAAAUGUAAAAAAAUGAGACUAUCAAAUAAAAUUGC